GCGAGCGAGAAAUGCAGAGGCUGCAGCGGCGGCGGCGGCGGCAGUAGCGGCAGCGGCGACGGCGGCGGCGGCAGCGCUCCAACUCGCUCCACGCUCCAGGCUCCGCCGUCGAGCCGGGAGAGAGCCUUUGCCCAGCAGCCAGGCACCGGGCCGGACGACGCCAGCGACCCGGGCCCCUUGGAGGCACCGCGUUCAUCCAGGGCCGGCACAGGCACCCGAAGCCUAGAACUCCAAGAUGGGAGGCAAGCUGAGCAAGAAGAAGAAGGGCUACAAUGUGAACGACGAGAAAGCCAAGGACAAGGACAAGAAGGCUGAAGGCGCGGGCACCGAGGAGGAGGGGACCCCGAAGGAGAGCGAGCCCCAGGCGGCCGCCGACGCCGCGGAGGUCAAAGAGAGCGCGGAGGAGAAGCCCAAGGACGCGGCAGCGGACGGCGAGGCCAAGGCGGAGGAGAAGGAGGGCGACAAGGCGGCGGCCAAGGAGGAGGCGCCCAAGGCCGAGCCCGAGAAGAGCGAGGGCGCCGCGGAGGAGCAGCCCGAGCCCGCGCCGGCGCCCGAGCAGGAGGCGGCCGCGCCCGGGCCCGCUGCGGGCGGCGAGGUCCCCAAGGCCGGCGACACGGGCGCCGAGAGCACGGGCGUGCCCGAAGGCGCGGCCAAGGAGGAGGGCGAGGCCAAAAAGACUGAGGCUCCCGCCGGCCCCGAGACGAAAAGCGACGUGGCCCCGGCUUCAGACUCUAAACCUAGCAGCGCCGAGCCCGCGCCCUCGUCCAAGGAGACGCCCGCGGCGGCGUCCGAGGCGCCCAGUUCCACGGCCAAGGCCCCCGCGCCCGCCGCGCCCCCCGCCACCGCCACCGAGCCGCAGGCCGAGCCUGUGCCAGCCGCCAGCUCCGAGCAAAGCGUGGCCGUCAAAGAGUAACCGGGACAGCCUAGGCAGCAGCAGCAGCAGCGACCGCCAGCCACUUGCAAAUGACCUGUCUCACGCUCUCUCUGUCUCUCACUCUGUCCUCUCUCUGUCUCUCUCUCUCUCUCUCCUAUACUAACUUGUUUCAAAUUGGAAGUAAGGAUACGUAUUGCCCAAGGGAUUAAAAAGAAAAAGAAAGUUAAAAAAAAAAAAAAAAAGAAAUAAAGAAAAAAGAGGAUGUGUCCCAUCAGGGGAGGGAGGGGGUGGGGAGAAUCCAAAUAGUAUUUUUGUGGGGAAAUAUCUAAUAUACCUUCAGUCAACUUGACCAGUCAGUCCUGGAUUUUAGAGAUCAUUGUCUGAAAGUACAUCAUUUGGACCUGAAACGCUGUCCUCUGGCGCUCCACCCCUAAAAAACCCCGGCAUCUUUCCUGAGAUGCUGUUGGGGAGAGAGGCGUUUGAUUCUGCCCAUAGGGCCAGUGCCAAGGCAAUCAGAUCUUUAUGAAAGCAGUAUUUUCCGUGUUUCCUUUUAAAUUUACAGCCUUUCUUAUUUUGGUAUUUUUUUUUUUAAUGUUGUGGAUGAAUGCCAACUUUCAGACGGAGCCCACUUAGCUUGUCCACAUGUAUCUCAAUGCCAACCCUCCAUUCUUCCUCUCCAGAUAUUUUUGGGAGUAACAAACAUUCUCUCAUCCUACUUAGCCUACCUAGAUUUCUCAUGACGAGUUAAUGCAUGUCCGUGGUUGGGUGCACCUGUAGUUCUGUUUAUUGGUCAGUGGAAAUGAAAAAAAAAAGUCUGCCUUCAUUGCAAUUCCAGUUUUCUUCCAUCUGUGUCACAGACACCAACACACCACCCAUUGGAAAAUGGAAAAUAAAAAAAUAAAAAUAAAAAUAAAAAAAAUGUACAAUGGAUGCAUUGAAAUUAUAUGUAAUUGUAUAAAUGGUGCAACAGUAAUAAAGUUAAACAAUUAAAAAGUAGUAAAGAC